AGACUUGCUCAAUCCGCAAGCUCCGCCCCUUCUGAGAGUGUCCUCGUCUCGCUGCGGCACAACGACUGUCAACUCACCGCAACUUUGCUCAGUCACUGGAUUUUACUUCACUUCUGGAGUACAACGACUUACUUUCCUGGGGUAUAACGUUAUUAGAUCGGCCUCUGAUGAGAUGGAGGUUUAGGACGGCUGAUUGUCACAGUACAGAGUAAUAUUUGGGUAAUAUUUCGUGUUUGAUGGCUGCUGGGGAUGGAGCGCAGCUGCCGGCGACCGUAGCGGCCAGCAGGAGCGUGGAGAAGGCGCUGGAAGAGGCUGCGUCCUGCGGAGCGCUCAUCCUCUCCAACCGCAAACUCAAAGAGUUCCCCCGCACCGCCAAGAACUACGACCUGUCCGACAUUACACACGCAGACCUGUCAAAGAACCGGCUCUGUGAGGUGCCAGAGGAGGUGUGUCAGUUUGUCUCGUUGGAGACGCUCAGCCUGUACCACAACUGUGUGCGAUCCCUCACGCCCAACCUGUGCCAGCUGCAAGCCCUCACCUACCUCAACCUCAGUCGUAACCAGCUGUCCAGUCUCCCGCCGUCAGUAUGUCAGCUCCCUCUCCUGCGGGUGCUCAUCGUCAGCAACAACAAGUUAUCAGUCAUACCGGCCUCCAUACACACACUCAUACACCUGCGACAACUGGAUGUGAGCUGUAAUGAGCUGCAGUCACUUCCUGUUGAGCUCGGCCAGUUAGAAUGUUUAAGGGAUUUAAAUCUGAGAAGAAAUCAGCUCACAAUUUUACCAGAAGAGCUGUCAGAGAUGCAGCUUGUCCGUCUGGAUGUGUCGUGCAACCGCAUUUCACACGUUCCUGUGUGCUACCGUCAUCUCCGGCACCUCCAAAGCAUCAUUCUUGACAACAACCCCCUCCAAAUGCCCCCCGCCCAGAUCUGCUCCAAAGGAAAGUUCCACAUCUUUAAAUAUCUGAACAUGGAGGCCUGCAAAAGGACUCAGGACCAGUUUGAGAAAGCUCUGCGGCCCACUGCCUUCAACAGCUGUCUGGAUCAGGACCUGUUCCCCGGUCAGUAUGGUGGCCUGGAUUCUGGCUUCAACAGUGUGGACAGCGGAAGCAAAAGAUGGUCAGGAAAUGAGUCUGCUGAUGAUUUCUCUGAACGGUCGCUGCGAUUGACGGACAUUUCCCGGGAACACACACAUUUUCAGGAGGAAGAGGAGAGAAAUGUAUUGCUAGAUACACCCAAAGUGAAUGGAGACCUGGAGCAAGUGGACUUUAUAGACAACAGUGUAACGGAGGAAGAAGAGGAGAGGUGUCACCCACAGGAAAAGAAUGAAAGUACCAGCAGCACACACUCCCAGAGCCCCGAAUCUACCUGCAGCAAGAUAUUUGUGAUUGGGGAUGGUUCAGACGGCUCUCCACCCAGUCCCACAUUAGAAGAGAGAAGGAGACCUGGAACCCUGCUCAUCUGGCAGGAGAGGGAGAGAGCCCAGCAGCAGAAAGCCCAAGCUAGCACUUUGCAGAAGAUGACGGUUAAAACAGGAAGUAACUUGGCGACGACGACAAAGCACGGAGGAACAGGAAGUGUUUCGGGUGGUGAUUCUGAUAGCAACUCUCCACCCAACGGCCUGAAGCAGAGAUGUGCAAGUGUAGAUCAGGUUUCUCCAACCUCUCAAUCGGGGUCUUUACAACGCUCCACCAGUCGCACAGAUGCGUCCUCUGCGAAGCCCUGUUCUCCUCCAGGUUCUGCUCCCAAACCCAACAGCUUCUUAUUCCGCACAUCCUCACGCUGCAACGUCAAGACGGGAUCAGGAAACAGUUUGGCGGAGUCUGGCCGCAGUGACUCCCGCUCCACACUCAGAUCCCCUCGAGAGGAGAGAACAGACGUCCUGCAGCUGCGCAAAACUCUGGAGGCCCGUCUGAAGAUCUCUCUGCCUGAGGACCUGGGAGAGGCGUUGUCCAAUGGCACAGUUCUCUGCCAGCUGGCCAAUCACGUGCGACCUCGUUCUGUGUCAAUCAUCCACAUCCCCUCACCGGCCGUGCCAAAGCUGAGUGCUGCCAAGUGCCGCCUCAAUGUCGAAAACUUCAUUGCUGCAUGUCGUAGACUGGGAGUCCCUGAGAUGGAGUUGUGUUUAGCGUCUGAUAUUCUGUGCAGUAAGCUAUCUGCAGUGCACCGCUGUGUGACGGCGCUCCUGGCAAAAGCAGGAGGAGAGGAGGAGGUGAACGAGGACGACGGCGGCACCUCUCCCUCUGUCUCUCCGUCCUCCCCUUUUUCCACCGGCUUCCUGCUCUUCUACUCUCUCCUCAUGGCUUUGCUCUAUCUGUUCUACUGCCACCUUCUAGCAUAGUGCGAGCGAGUGUCAGUGUGUAAAUGUAAUGGAUUUUGUAAUGGAAGUCCAUCAUCUCUGUACUGUGUACACUGUCACACACACACCAUUGAUGCCAUCUGACAUAUAUAUAAAUAAAUAUAUCAGAGCAAAUUCCUUACCCAUAAUGCCUUUGAGCUUACACAUUAAAGCUCCCUACAGAUAUCUUUUUAAGGUUAGUUUUAGGACUUCAGAUCUACAAAAGUGAAAUAUAUUGCAAAUUAUCAGAUGUCUUGAUCAAAUAUCCACAUUUUUCCACACCACAAUGCUCAGAAACAGCAGUAUGUGGAAUUUAUCUGUAAAUAAACAUGGUUUCCACUAAUGAAGGGCUUUUCCACCUGAUUGCCUUAGCAUCGCUGGUGAUACCAGGAUAGUUUAUACACCUUCUAGUGGUCUUUGCAAAGGAUCUUGUUAUCGUAAGAGUUUUAAAGCACUGGCACAAAUUGUAUUUGGUUCUGGUUGAAGUGCCUCAGAAGCUCGCAGGUUCCUUCUGUUCACGCAGCAGUGUGAAUGAGUUUGUAGCAGCUGGUAAACAGUCUGUUUAACAGGGGCUAACAGUGUGGCGAUGGUACUUCUCAGCUGAAUUUGGUUUAAUUCACACGUUGUGGAAAUCUGUUAGGGUCAGGGCCGAGUGGACUGUUCACUUUCCUUGUUUUACUGACUGUGACCAUCAGAGGGCAGUCCUGUUACUAAACUGUUCCUUCCUUAAACACUUUUUGACGGUACUAAUAAGAUUCAAAGCUGUGUUAACUUGUUACUUUUUGUUUUGUCGUUUGUUUGUUUCGAAUGUUCGUUUUGGUUUUCUUGAGAGCAUCUUUAAUAUAAUUCUUAUACGCAAGCAGUUGAAGAUGAAGUUAUUGUUUCAGCUGAUUUAUGUUCUGCCGAAGCUGCCCGGUCUCACUGAGCACAUUACGGAAAUAUGACUAAUUAAAUAUAACACAUUAAUGGAAUAAUAUAAUUUAGGUUCAGGUGGGGGAAAAAAAAAACUGUGGACAUUUAUUUAUUUUUCAAAUUUGCAUGGUGCACGAUAUGGCUAUGCAGACAUCUCCAAAUGACAAAUUACACCAUUUUUUUAAACUAAAGAUGAAAUGGCUGUGAGUCUUACUUCUCCACAGCCUUCUUCGUCUGCCGUUUCCUUGUUUCUAAAUGCGGCCCUAGAGGUUUUGUAGUCCUGUAAUGUGCCAUGAGCACCCAUCUUCCCCGGUGCUGUAUGCUGAUGUUGCUUUUGUAUUCCGUGCCUACUUAAUGUGAUUUAGGAGCUUUGCCGACAGUUUACUAACGAGCAGCUUCUCAUCUGGAGAGAACGAUAAGAGGAGAGAGAGAGAGACUGGGAAAUAAGGCUAGGGUAAGGGAUAUGCUAUAACUAGUUACCAACGCAACAUCCCUCACCCUACGUCUUGAGUUGAAGUUUUAUAAAACUGUACAUUGUUGUCAAUGCUAAAGCUAAUCGUUAUAGACAUUUUCAUUUACAAUGUCCACUCUGAUAAUAAACUCAGACUUCACAUUUAGCAUAGAUAGACUUCCUCACAGUUGCUCGAGAGGCUUCAGCCAUAUGAAAAAAUGAAAAUAGUGAUAUGUGUGUUACAUGUGGAAGGAUUUUACAGAGGAUAUGACAUACGCUAGACUCAGUUUAGAAGGCUUUAGAUCUACAUGAAUGAUUCCGUCGUGGAAACUGUUGCAACACAUGAAAUGUAUUUUGUAAUAUUUAUAAAACACUGUGUAUUUAAGAAGUUUAUAUUGAUAUAAAGAUUUGUUUUUGUCUGUAAAGAAAUUAUUAAAAAACUGAAACACGGAUUUUUAUGUUUUGUCUGCUGCUUUACAUGUGCUCAAGUCAAAUGUUGCUGACUGACUGUUGCUCUCGCUCAUGAUUAAUUCUGCUUUAGUUCUCGUCUCUCUGCUGAGGAUGAAAUCCUCACGUCAGCUCGUCUCUGUAGCUAACGAGUCAACAUAUUCUGUGCCCUUUACCAAAAGGUAAGUGUUGAUCCAUUGUGUGGGUAGUGGAAAAAGAGAAGUAUACACUAUGCUGCACAGUGGGGUCCAAAGUCUAAGACCACACUGAAAAUAUAUUUUUACUCCCACACACCUGUGGACAGUAGAGCGCUGCUGCCAUUAAAGCAUAAAAGAAGCAUUACAUUUUUUUUUUUCAAUUAAAUUUUUUAAUGGUUACUUGAUUUUUUUUCCUCACAAUUCUGUUAUCAUGUGGUUGUUUUUUAAACUUGUGGACCCUAGUGUGCGCUUGUUUAUACUGGAAGGUAGGUUUAUACACUACCCUUCAAAAGUUUGGGGUUGAAAGAAGUCUCUUGUGGUCACCAAGGCAGCAUUUAUUUGAUCAAAAAUACAGUAAAAUCUGAUAUUUUGAAAUCGAACUGUUUUCACCAGUCUGCAUUCCUCCAGUCUUCAGUGUCACAUGACCCUUUAGAAAUCAUUCAAAUCAUUCUAAUGCUGAUUUGCUGUUCAAGAAACAUAUUUCAUGUUCAGUGUUCAAAACAGUCGUACUACUGUACAUGUUUUUGUGGAAACAGUGAUAUGUUUUUUUUUUUCAUGAAUAGAAAGUUCCAAAUCAAUAAUAUCUUUAGUAUAUCAUUAUUGAUGUUGUGACUGUCACUUUUGAUCAACUGAAUGCGUCUACUAAAUAAAAGUAUUCAUUUCUUUAAGAAUGGAAUGCAUACAGUACAUGCACAUAUAAAAAGCAAUGUUCUGUAAAAUAUUUUUUACAUAUAACUGCAUGAUACAACUAUUCUUUAGAUGAAAAUAUACUACCACCCAUCAGCACAAACAACUUUAUAAACCCAAGAACAAAGAAAAUAAGUGAGCAUUUAAGUGUUCAACACUAAGUAAACACUACCAGCUAUUCUUAGUCAUAUAGUGACAAUGGAGCUUUAGCUCAUUCUUCUUUUCAAACACAUUGCUUAUUAUUUAAAAGCAACCGUUCAGGUUUUGUCUGUAGACACUGACUCUGCAGGAAGUGUUCGAAAGAACUGUAAAGCUGCUUCAAGCAUUUUCUGCAAUUAAUCAACACUUAAAAUAGACGAAUGUCAUUCCUCUGAGCAAACUGUGUUUUUAAAUCAUCAAAGACUUUCUUCCUAGCACACUUGGCAGUGUAACGGUGUUAGUGCACUGAUUAGGAUGCUAUCAGACACAGUUACACUGAAAUCAUGUGAAGCACCUUAUCUGCAUACAGGCGUACUUUCAUCAAGCUAUUAUUUUGGUCACUUCUGUACUCAUUAAACUGUGUCAAAGCAGGCGAGUGAAUACUUAUGUGCUCAUUUAUUUUCUGUUUAUUAUUUUUAAUUAUUUAUUAAUUAACUGGCCAGCUCAUUUUUCACUUUGACGUUAUAAAAGUGCUUUUUGUUCAUAGGGGAGAACAGUUGCUAUUAACCCUCUAUGGUGUCGCUUUUUCUCGUAAUUAUGGAAUGUUUAAAAAAAAUGUCUCUACCGUUACAGAAAAUCAAUUUUAAUUUCAGAAGUCUCUUAUAAUUAAGUAUGUGUUUCUUUAAUGAAUUGAUGAACUCUUUGUUUAUAAUACUGUUAUGAGGCAGAGUCAUCAUGCACUCUUAUUCAUUGUAUUAUUUAAGUUUUCUGAGCACAUAAAUUAAAGAGUUCUACAUUGUUAUAAUUACCAAAAAAAAAAAAAAAAAAAACCUUCCAAUUAAAUAAUUCCAGUAAUAACUUGUGCAGCUAACAAUAAGGAAAUUCAUCACUGACAAUUGCCAUAUGGCUGUAUUCAUAUUUUCUCCGUUUACUGUAAAGCUGUAUUAGUAAACAUGACAAUAUAUGAGCAUAAACACCCAUUUUAAAAGAGAAGCAGCCAAAACCCAGAUGUUGAAGAAAUAUUUUAAUAGGGCAAUAAGAAAAGCUCUUGUGCAUGUGUUGACCUUCAGUAAAAAACAAAUGAGGUGUCUUCAAAACAAUUCUAAUUCAACAAUUCUACUUUUUUUUUUUCUCUGAAAAACAAGACAGUGAAUUGUUUCCAAAUGGCCACAUGACACAAUAGAGGGUUAAAAUCAUAAUACGUUCACACUCUAAUGCUGCUGCACUUUUAUUGUGUUAAAGCAAUGAGCUUAUUGCAAAAUCUGAUAUAUACUGCAAGUGAUAUACAUCUUGAAUAUGGCAAUAAAAGCCUUUUAUCAAAUACAACUCAUACAUAAUCUAUACUUAAUGUAUGCGGCUAAGGUUGACUGAACUUAAUAAUUGGAAUGCAUGAUGGAUUUUCAAGAUGGUGACGUGCUGGCUUGUUAUGCUCCACUCACUGUACUUGAAAUGGCAUCCUCUCUGAAGUGCUAUAACUGCAUGGCUGCGUCUCUGAGAGACGGUGUCUUAUACGCCACUGCGGUGCCAUAGUGUCUGCAAUUCAAAGAAAUGAUUUUGUGAUCAAGUGCUGUGCUGCAUGCAUUCCCUGCCUUUCCUCUGUCACGUGUUUCAGACUGUCACAAGUGCCUCUUAUUGCCACUUUGCUUAUGUGAUCAUGUCUGCACCUGGGGAGUAUCUUGCAUGUUGUGGGUCCUUGAGAUGACAGAUGGGAGUUGCAUGUCUCAACCAUCCUUAGGUGCAUGGAAAGCUUUUCAUAUUGAGGUCUAGUAUCUAGCUUGUUCAAACAGAGUGCACGUCACGCUUUAGAAGCAGAUUUCAGGGCCUGCAAUACAAGAAGCAAUGUUCAUAGAGCCUGCCUAUGCCAAGAUGGUUUAUUGCUGAUUUUAUUAUCUUGUUUUUGUGUAAACAAACUUAUAUUGGUAUUCUUUUUUAUCAUCAAAUCCCGCUAGGACACACUGUGUCCGCCACAGCUGAUUCUGGAGGAAGAGGGGCUCACUCGCAUCGCUCAGACCGUUCAGACGCUUUUGGAGUUGCCCACGUCAGGUUCCCGUCGCUCAUCCCGUCAGGACCCCUCAGGAGUUCCUCUUCAAUCCACGACUCAAAAUCAAGAUGCCGCCUCCUAGUGCUCAAGUGAUUAUUUCCAGCACAUUUCAGUUGCACAAUGUAUUAUUAUAAUUUUUUUUUACGU